CAAAGGUUAAAUUCGGCGAAAAGUGUCGGGAUUCGUUUGUAUUUGCCAAGCAUAUUUUAUCUACCAAAAUGCCGCCCAAGGGUAAAGUUGGCACCAAAUGCCAGAAACAGAUCUAUGAAGAAAAUAAAGCAACACUUAAAUUUUAUAGGAAUAUUGUUUUAGCUGCAAAUUUAAUCUACAUAGUUGUUAGAAUGGUUUGGAUGUGGGAAACUUUCAAUACUUCCUGUUGGGUUCUCUUUGCAUUUGCCAUAGCUAUUUAUGUUAGUUGUAUGGCUUUUAUGGGCUAUAUGGCCAAAUCAGUAUUCAACAGUAAUGGUGUAUUAGUAGAUGGAGGUAUUGAUUUGAAUAUGGAGUCUGGAAUAGCUGAGCAUAUCAAGGAUGUUCUACUUGUCACUGUUAUUGUUCAAGUACUGAGUAUAUUCUCCAACUAUUUCUGGAUUCUUUGGUUUAUUGUACCCGGAGCUGCUUUACUCUACAUCUGGAGGAACUUUCUGUCACCAUGGUUAUUUGCACCAGCACCGGAAAUUGAUGAGAAGAAACAAAAGAAGAUGGAGAGGAAAAUGAAGAGAAGAUGAGAAUGUGGAGUUGAAUUCCACUGUGAUUUAUUUAUUAAUUAUUUUUUUAAAAAUGUUAACUCUGAUAUAUGAAUUAAAGUUCUUUUUUCUCCACCAUGCA